AUUCACUAUAUCUGGUUUUCCACAGUACACAGAACAUGGAAAUGCAAUUAUUUUAGUAAAUAUAAACUGCUAAUACCUUUUGUUAUCUUCUAUCAGUGCUCAGCAGAGCACUGGUUAAAGCUUGUAGGAGUUUUCUUUCUGCUCUAGGAGGAUGCAGAACCCCUGAUCUCUGUGUGGACAGUGUUGAUUGGCCCUGUGCUGAUCACAUGCACUCUCCCAAGGAAAAAAAAAAACCCUCCAGCAAUACACACCAAAAUGAGCAUGUGCAGAGUGUCUCCACACGAUAUGUCUUAUCAGGAGAUAAGAGGGGGGCACUGGAAGAAAGGGAGGAUCAGAGAAGUCAAGAUCAAACAGCAUUUUUACAGAAUGUGGAGGAUUAACCCCUCAUGUUCCACAGUGAGUAUAACUAGCAUGCUUUACUGCAUAUACAGACUGAAUUUACUG